ACUUUUGUUGUGGCUGAUGAUUUCAAUGCACGAACAAAAAUGAUUUAUGGGGAAGAUGCCUCCUUUGACUUGUCUAUAUCUCACUCUGUUCAAGAUUCUGGUACAUGUCUAGGUUUCAGUGGAAUUAAAAAAGUGAAAGUUGAUGGUGUUAAAGAUCGUGAUAACGCACAGGCUUCAGAGGGGCUUAAUAUAGCGGACAGAAUGUCGGCAAUCUUCAUCAGGCUUAUAACAGAGAACCUGAGGCAAGAUCUGUGUCAAUGGGGCAAGCCUUUGAUAUGGAGGGUAGUGUCACAUUAAUGGGACUCACUUGCAAUAGAGAGGAAGCACGUGUUAGAUCAUUAGAUUGCCCUCCUUGCAGAGUAGAGGAGAAUGCCAUAUCUAUUAGUGAUUCCUCUAAUAAAGAUGACUCAAAUGUAAUUUCUUUUCGUGGGUUCCAAGAUGAAGAGGAUGUCAUCCCUGUGAAUAGGCCAGCUGGAGACUAUAAUCCAUUAUAUAAUCAAUCUUCAGUUGAAGUAUCAAUAGCAGCUGACAAAACAGAGAUGGAUGUUUCAAAUUCAAAUGCAGUUGUAAAUUAUUCUCAGGUGGCUAAACUUAAGCCCGAGUCUCUGUCCAAAAAUAGACCAGAGUACAAAGUAACAAGGAAAGAAGCUUCAAAUAGUUUCCCUUCUAACGUUAGAAACCUGAUUUCUACUGGUAUGCUAGAUGGAGUUCCUGUAAAGUACAUCUCAGUGGCACGGGAGGAACUCCGUGGAGUUAUUAAAGGUUUUGGCUAUCUUUGUGGUUGUCAGUCAUGUGAUUAUACCAAGGUUCUAAAUGCUCAUGAGUUUGAGACACAUGCUGGUUGCAAAACAAAACACCCCAACAAGCACAUUUACUUUGAGAACGGGAAGACCAUUUAUCAGAUAGUUCAGGAAUUGAAGAGUACCCCUGAAAGUUUGUUGGUUGAUACAAUUCAAACAGUUUUUGGUUCACAAAUUAAUCAGAAAGCAUUUCAAAGUUGGAAAGAAUCAUUUCAAGCAGCAACCCGUGAGCUUCAGCGCAUUUACGGAAAGGAAGUACUAAAUAUGUAAGCCACUAGCCUCUGGCAAAGUUAUCGAGGUUAGAAGUUACAGUUAUGGAUAGUAAGACAUGAAUCUCUAACAUUAUCUUAUUUCUGGCCUCCUGGAAUCUGUGUAGUUUUGAUG